AUGUCGAUGCCCACGUGGCUCAAGCAACCUCUCCCACAUCGAGCUCCAGCUCCGAUUUGGUUUGCGUCUUGCUUCCAAGCAGUCAUGCCUCUGCUUCCGCGCUCCUGCCCGACGCCGUAUGGAGCCUAUUCACCUGUACGUGAACCCAGUCUGUGGACUGAUCCAGGACAAAGCCCCGCCCGGGAUUUGCUUUCGUGUCCCUUUGGGGCUCCCGAGGAUGAGGUCGACUCGGCCAUGGCUGCAAUGCAGGUGGAAUCUACUUGUGGCCUUUCCAUUGCCAUGGCAGGACUCAAUCCUAUCGACACGGAGGUUGAGGAUAUACCACUGGAUGACUCCCCUCCCAGCUCAGGAUGA